UUCCUGUAGGUUCGGCUUUAGAGUUAGUUGGGGCUGCCUACAGCCUGAUCUCUAUGGCUCAAAGGGCUUCUUGGUAACAUGAGACUGUCUGGGAGAAACUAACCUAUGCAGCACCUACCCUGGGGACAGACACUCAGGGUCUGCAUUUAGCACAAGUGACAGACCAGCCCAUCAGCCACCUGCCCCUCAGCCCCCAUCCUGCCACUGUUCCCCUGUGCCACACAAAUGGGAUAAACAGGACAGGCCUCAGCUCUUCAGUGCUGCUGUUGGCCGUGAGAAAGGAGGUUUUUCUUGGUGGCUUUAUUUUUUUCUUACCCUUGAGAUGUCUCUGAAAAUGGAUUACAGCUCAUUUCCCCGAGACUGCCACACCAUGGACACACUGGAGAGGCAGCUCAUCUGUCCCAUCUGCUUGGAGAUGUUCUCCAAGCCUGUUGUCAUCCUCCCCUGCCAGCACAACCUGUGUCGGAAGUGCGCCAAUGACAUAUUUCAGUCCCGAGGAACCACGCUGGGUUCCAGCGGAAGAUUCCGUUGUCCGUCCUGCCGCCACGAGGUGGUCCUCGAUAGGCACGGGGUGUAUGGGCUGCAGCGGAACCUGCUGGUGGAAAACAUCAUCGACAUCUACAAACAGGAGUCUGCCAGCCCUAAGCCGCUGCUGAAACCCGAGUGUCCCACCUGCGAGGAGCACGAGGAUGAAAAGAUCAACAUCUACUGCGUCACGUGCCGCGUGCCCACUUGCUCCCUAUGCAAGGUGUUUGGGGAGCACCAGGCCUGCCGAGUAGCCCCUCUCUCCGACGUGUACGAGCAGCACAAGGUGCUCAGGAGCUCGGGACUGGGGCGGAAGGAAGCUGGGGGACCGGGCCAGGAAAGGAAAGCGCAGGUCCUGAGCGUCCAUGUACUGCCCUUCCUUUCCCCCUCCCAGUCCGAGCUGACUGACGGAAUUCGAACCCUGGUGGCCUCCAACGAACGGAUCCAAGCGCUGAUAGCAGAGCUGCAGAACACUUGCCGGAAUGUGGAGGACAACUGCAAGGCUCGGAAACAGACGCUGUGCGAGAAGUUCGAGCGCAUGGCGGGGAUACUGGAGGAGCGUAAGGAGAUCAUGCUUCAGCGUGUGUCCUACGAGCAGGCGGAGAAGACCCGCCAGCUUCGAGCCCUGAGUGAGGCCUACGAGGCUCGUGUGGAGGCUACCUCCAAACUGGUGAACACAGCUUUGCAGGCUUCCGAGGAACCUCAGGUCCCGCUCUUCCUACAGAAUGCCAAGGUUCUUAUCCAGAAGAUUGCUGAGGCUGUAGGUAGCCCAGAACUGGAAACCCUGGAACCCGGAUUUGACAACAUGGAACAUUAUGCAGUGGACUUCAACGAAGAGGAACGGGCACUUUACCAGCUGGACUUCAUCAAGAUGGAGGAACCGCUGGAGGCAGCGGUGGUAACUUCUUCGGAAGAAGUGGACUACACUACCCCGACAGAGGAAUCUGGUGUAAGCGAAGACCAGGAAGAGGAGGUAGCAGCGACGUCUGCUUCGGGAGCGGAGGCCCCUGAAGAAGCUGGAGCCGGGACAGUGCAGCUCCGUGGAACAGCCCCGGAGGACGAGUUGGAACCGAGAACCCAGCGGCAGGAUGCAGAGGAGGCAGGUGGGGAGCCCGAGGCUGGCGGAACGAUGAGUGGGAAGCUUCAGGACAGCGGGUGCUCCGCAACUCCAGGCCGUAUCCCGGUGCCACCUCCCCGGGCUCUCCGGGCGGAAUCCCCCAACCCGGGAUUGUGUGGGACUGAGAUCUCGGGAAGUGAAGGCACCGGCAGUACUGUCAGCGGCCAGAACGAGGAUGGGAGUUCAGACGUGGCGGCCUCGGAGGGGUCAGAGCUGGAGGCGGGGGAGCCCCAGAGCUUUGCCUCGGGUCCCUUCUUAGUCUCCAGCCCAUAGUUACUGCGGUGCUGA